AUGUCGACAUUCUUCUACGGUCAACAGCAGCAGCAGCACCCUCACCACGGCGCCACCGCACACAUGGCCUCGAACAACCACCACGGCGGUCGCUCUCGCAGAGGACCUAAGAUGGCCGCGCAAAACGCUCAGCGCCAGUUCCGAGGUGUCAAGAGCAUGAGAGAACUUGCUGAAGCCCCUGCCGUCUCUGCUUUCCGUGCUCGAUUCGAGGCUGGACGGUCAUUUGACCUGGACGACGACCUGGAGUUCUGCCCUGGGCUCUUGACGGAAGACGAUCUGCACUCAAUCCACUCCGCUUCUUCCGAUCGGUCUUCUCUCUCUAGCGGGUCUCCCGACACGUCUCCCCUUCAGCAUCAAAUCCAGCCCGUUCAGCAGGUCACGCCCUCCAUCUCCCUCUCCCCUGCUUCCAGCAACUCUUACGUUCAUUCGGGGGUGUCCGGCAACCUCAAUCACGUGAACUACCAGCAGCCGUCGGCGGCCCGUACUCGCAAGGUCAUCCCUAUUGUCAACCCUCAGACCGGGAUGACCCUGACCAGCCCGCCCACGUCCAUCUCGCCGGCCUCGAUGCAGCACGCUCAGCGUCGAUGGUGA